AUGACAUCGUCAAACUUGGCAAUCAUUUUCGGUCCAACGGUAAUGCGACCACAAAACGAAGACACCGUCAAGAUGAUCGAAGACGCUAGACAUGUAAAUGGUGUAUUCUUAUUAAUGAUCGAUGAAUUUGAAUAUCUAUUUAAUAAUGCAGAAUUACCAUCGUUUGUAAUCAAUAUACUAAGUAAUCAGAUAUCACCAAGUUUAAUAGCGAAUUUGGCGGGAAAAGAGUCACCAACCACCUCCUCAAAAAGAAACGCCAUGAAAUUUUCGAAUGGCACACCCUUUAAUUUUGACACGCUCAGUGGAACCACCACAACCACCACCCCACAACUUCAGAACACAACCACAAACAAUACAAUUUUACAAUCACAAACAAAAUUAAGCAACAACAACAAUAACAACAACAGUAAUAAUAUUAAUAGCAUUAAUAAUAAUAAUAAUAAUUUUGUAGCAGUAUCAUCUUUAAACAGUAAUAAUAAUAAUAAUAAUAAUAUUAAUAACAAUAAUAAUAACAAUAAUAUAAAUAAUAAUAACAAUAUUAAUAAUAUUAAUAAUAAUAAUAAUAAUACAACAGCAAUACAACACUCUACUUUAACAAGACAAGAACUAUCAUCACCUUCAUCACCUAUUGCAUUGUUUGACGAUUUCUUCUCGGCGCUUGCAUUGCGUUCACCGCCACCACCAUCGCCUUUGACACCUUCCAAUAUGUUUUUAGAUCCAGAUCAACCGAGUACUCCACCGUUUCCUGCUGCUUUGUCGACAGCUGCAGCAGCUACUACAGCUACUGCUACGACAACGACUACUACCACAUCGGCAGCUAGCACAGCAGAUUCCAAUGUCAAUGCUACUACAAACAACAGCAACAACAACAACAAUAAUAGCAAGCAGCAAGAGAAGAGUGGUUUCAGUAGUAAUAGCAGUGCGAGUAGUAGUAGCGGUAGCGGUGGUAACUCUGGCAGUAGAUUCUCUAUUCUGAUACCUACUCUACAGACUUCUGCUGCUGCAACGAACAGCCAACAACAACUGCUGCAACCACCCGCCGUCAGUAUUAGCCGGUCUGCUAGUUCCAGUCACGCUUCGCCAAAUCUACAGAUCUCUGAGAGUUUCGAGCUGAUACGUGGCGAGGAAUUCUUCUUGCAGCUGGCGCCGGCAAGUGCACCAUCAACCACACCCUCAUCACCAAGAAACUCUGUAACACUUAACCAACCUACUUCACCAACAUCCAACAACAGCAGUAGCAACAGCAACAGCCAACUGUCACCAAGAUACAUUAGAAACAACUCGAAUCCAGAAUCAUCUUCAUCGUCAUCACCUCAGUUGCGAUCUCUCUUGAAAUCACAACUUGCAAACAAUCUACAACAACAACAACAGCAACAACAACCAUCACCUAGAAACUUGAACAGUUCAUCACCAAGAUCAUAUACAACAUCUACAACAACAACAUCAGCAACAACAACUGUACCAACAACAUUACCUACAACAUCUACAGAAACAACAGCUGCACCAACUACAUCUACAACUACUACUACACCAACAACAACAACAGCAACAACAACAACAAAUUCAUUAACAUCAAGUGGUCAUAGAGUUUUGUUAACAAAUCAAGUCGAACAAAGUCCGUUGGAGUUGGCAUGGUCUCAUUUGAUUCAGAUAAGACGUGAGUGUGGUCGACCUUCUGAUAUCAACUUGAUGUCACCGCAUGAACUGAAAGAUGAAAAGUCAUCGAUCAAGAAAGAGUUACGAGAGUUUGAUCUACAGUUUAAACGACAACACGGUCACCUGCCAAGAAAGAACGAAAAGGAGGUAAUGCGACCACUCUACCAACGCUACAGAGAUGUCAAAGCAUUGAUCGAGACAUCGUCGAUGUCUCCACCCAUUGUACCACCAACAACACUCAACUCUUUGUCUCGAUCGAACGAUUCCAACACUGCAGUAUUAACAUCGACGAACUCACAGGCUUCAUUGACAUCUUCCUCAUCCAACCUAACAACAUCGACAACAUCAUCGUCAUCAACCACCACAUCUACAGCUUCUAUACCUACAAUAACAAAUACAAAUACAAAUAUAAAUACAAAUACAAAUAAUACAAACACAAAUAUAAAUAAUACAAACACAUCAUCAAAUGUAACACCCACAACAUCACCAACACUUGAAAGUAAUGUACAACAAAAUAUAAUAUUAAAUAAUAAUAGUAACAAAGAAACAAAUCAACAACAACAACAACAACAACAACAUGAUAUAAUAUCUUCACUUGAAGAAAUACUUUGUAAAUUAAGUAAUGUAGAGUUGGUAGAGAGAUACCAAAAAGUAAGACAAGAGAAACGAACACUCCAGAUCCACUUGCACAAAUACCAAACGGAUUUCACAAAGAAACAUGGUAGGAAAGUACAAUUUGUUCAGGAUAGAGAGCCAGUACACAAUCAAUAUGAAAGAUAUAAAUAUUUAAAGAAUGAAAUUGCUGUAAUCGAAAAGAUUUCACCAACCAUCACAUCAACUGCCAAUAAAAACAACACAUAG